AAAACCACAGUAAAAGUUUGAAAAAAUCGAAAAAAUUUUUUUUCGCUUAUAAGGUGCUUUAGGGUCUUAAGAAUAACAUACCAAAAGAUGGAGUGCCGCAAAAAUUUCGGAAUACCCAAAUUUUCCAUUCUGCGGCAACGCCUCUCAGGUCAUGGGCAUGAAAAUGGCCCAAAAAGUCACGAACUAUGCAUGGACUUGGAUGAGAAACGCAUACAGAAAGCGGAACGAUCUUUGAGUGAGGGCGCAAAACAGGCCCGCAUCGAUCUGAAAACAAUUCGAAAGACCAAACAAGAGCAGGAGAUAGAUGAAGAAGGCCAAUUGUAUGGCGCAGGCAUCGCCAGAUUAGAAGUCAAAAAUUAAGGACUCUAGAUGUCCGCCCAUGGUCCCUCCUUCAAAAAUAGGCGCCAUCGGACAAGUGCGGCACAGCCGCCAUUUUGUACCAAAAAUGUAUGAAAAAAUUCUUAUUUGUACUUCAUUCAUAAUAUUAUAAUGCUUAUUUUACAAAUUUUUGAUUGAUCAUUUCAUUGAGCCAA